CCCCGCAUGGAACCGGGGAAAUUUGGAUUUUUUAACUUUUGAAUAACUUGCUCGUGUUCAGCUGUCAACCGAAAAUGGAACCCCAGACCAGUCAAGAUGUUGAAAAUGAACGCUUGAAAUUACAAAACGACAUUCAAAAAAUCCAAGACACUCUAUAUGAGGACAGCUACAGCGAGUACGAUAGCAGCGACGAUUCCUGCCUUGAAAUUGACUUGGGGAAUUCCGGCCGAAAUUCCGAGAGGAAUCAGUCCACUUUGACCGUUACUGAUGACGAUGCCAGAACUCAUUCAAGCUUGGGUGAAUCUUCUACAAGUCAUUUCGAAGGAACUGAGAUAUCGGAAGUAACUGACUAUGAACAAGAGAUCAGUGUUGGUGACGCUGAUUCUACAGAGUUGCCAGUGUCUGUGGAAUCAUGUCUGGCAUUGAAUCGAGCAUACCAGGAAGUGAUUGUGGACGUUCUCCGACAGAUCGAGGCUUCACUGGAGGAGAACAGGCAGAAACAGCAAGAAUGUGAGAAGGAUGUGAUUUGUCGGAGAGAGAAGAGUCUGAACUCUGCCCAGUCAAAAGUUCUGUACAAGCAUUUCUCCAUGCCCUACAUCAAAGACCCAGCUGGAGGGGGUCCCCCUCCGAAUGAAGAUGUUCGUAUAAAACAACUGAUGAAGGAACACAAGCAGGAUAUACCACCAGACAGAGAUUGGCUGAAUCGAGACAGAAAGAAGCUGUACGAAGCCAUUGCUGAGGAUGCUCUCCAACAGCUGCUGCAGCCUCUGAUGGUCAGACAGGAGUUGGAGCAGGACAAGUUGGAGAGAUCCACUGGGAAAGAGGCUGCCGCCAUCAGGGCCCGCAUCGCCGCCAUCGAGGAGGACAUGGCACAGAAGAGAAAAACCAGCAGAUUAGACCUCAUAAAAAAUGUCGAUACAGCUAAAACUGACUGGAUGAAAAUAUCAAAUAUUGCAUAUGGCGGACGGAAGACUUGGCAGGACUGUCAGAUGAUGUGGAACAAUGUCCUCAGUCCUAAAGUGAACCGCGGGAAGUGGGAACCGGAGGAGGAGAAACAGUUGGUAGAGCUGUGCAGGAUUAACAAGGGGAAGAACUGGGAGAAGGUGGCAGCUGACCUGCAGACGGGACGUACAGCCUUCCAGUGUCUGCAGCACUUCCAAAUGAAUCUUAAUCCAGAAAACUGUAACAGACCCUGGACAAAUGAGGAAGAUGGGAAAUUAUUAAUGGUUGUCAAUGACAUCCGUCACAGCGGACACAGGUUGCUGUGGUCGAAAGUGUCAAGCUACAUGGAGAACCGCAGUGGAACUCAGUGCUUCUGCCGCUUCCAGCAGAUCGACCCGGACAUGAAGAGGGGCCCCUGGAGUACCGAGGAAGAUGUGAAACUGUUUGCGGCCGUGAAGAUGUGCGGCACUCAGAGCUGGAUGCGAUUGGCUGAAUUUGUCCCUGGACGGAGCUCCAUACAGUGUAGGGACAGGUGGCUGAACAGCCUUGACCCCAGUAUCAGGAUGGGCAACUGGACGUAUGAGGAGGAUAAGGAGUUGCUCAAGGCCAUCACGGAACUUGGCACAAAGAGCUGGACAAAGAUUGCUGCCAAGCUGAAUGGCCGUACUGACAACAUGGUUCUUCAGAGGUACCGGCGCCUGGAAACUUGGCAGAGGAAGUGCAAGUGGUUUGAUGAAUUGCCAGAGACAACAAAGAGAGCUCUGCUAGGGGGGCACCUGUCUUCAGACGAGUUAAAAGAGAGAGAACAACUGACGUGGCGAAACUUCCAGGAAGGGAUGGGAGUCCUCAAAGAAGACUAUGAAAAGCAAGAGAGAGACAGGCAAAAAGGGGAUAUUGUUGUGCCACGCCCUCCUCCGCUCCUCGGAUAUGGAACGUCAGCCCGGCAGAGUCUCAUCGAACAUCGGGUGCACUUGCAUAACAUCAUCCUGAAACACGUCCGCUCCAUCAGGAACAGUGACAUCGCCGACGCUCAGGAUGGAGAUGUUGAUACUGCGGAGAAGCUGGCUGCACAGAUCCAUUACGCCCAUCACAGCAACAUGUCUGUGAAGAAGCUGAUCGAGCUGACGAGGAAAGUGAAGGGUGGCUUCAUCCAGGCACGAGGCAAGACUAGGCUGCCCUCCAAGAGGAACUUCAACUUCGGAGCAGUGGAAAGGAAUCGGCGUCUGGAGCGGUCGCUGAGGGAAGCAGUUCACUCCAUCUACAAAACAAAGAAGAAAAUGAAGAAAGGGAGGCCAAGGAAGUUCUACAAUCGUACACUGGCAGGAAAAUCUACCGAGCAAGAACUUCACCAGAUUAAAGUCAAGUCACUCAACAUUGUCAUGAAGGCUCUUGAUGUUGAUCCACGGACCAUGCUGGAAAAUGCCGCCAAGUUUAAGAACAUGAAAUCAGCAGCAAGUACUCCUUCGAGUACCACCACCAGCACCUCGGCCACUCCUUCUUCCACCCCAGCACGCACCCCAGCGGGCACCCCAGCCACACCCAGUGGCACCCCAGCCACUCCCACUGGCACCCCAGCAGGCACCCCAGCCACUCCAGCAGGCACCCCAGGUACUACAGGGAGAAAGAAGGGGUCCAAAAGAAGACAGAGCAAGGCUGGGGCCCAGAAGGAAGCAAAGAAGACACCUCCCCCUCAAAGGGCUCCUGAACCCAUGGAGGACCUAGACAUGCUGCUCAGUGCCCAGAGUGAGAGGACACAGGAGGACGACGGGGAGGACGUUAUCAGUCCAGACAGCGAGACAGCAGGACAUGGGGAAGAUAAUGAUGCUCCUACUAGAAGGAAGAAGUCAGUAUCUUUUGUUCAAAGCCCUAGUGUCAAAACUGUUGAACCUGCUAGUCGUGAAAGGUUUACCCGAGUUGUCACAAAGACAGUGUUAAAACCUGAUCCAGACAAAACACCAUCUGAUCAGGAGCAGUCUUCCGCUUCCAUGUCAGUAGGCACCAGUACCCAGUCAAGUGACGACAGCUGCCAGGAAGUGGAUGGUGACGAGCCACCUGUCCGUGAGAGAUCGCUCCCGUAUCUCCCCCCAAUGUGA